GCAGCUUGGCUUUGUAAAAGGGAUUGACUCUGUGCAGCAAGGUCUCGAUACGCUGAAGGAUAGUAUGGGAUCGAUGGUGGAUGAAACCAUCGCGUUUAUUCAGGAUCAGCAGAACAAUGCCAGCGGAGGGAUCGGCAUAGCUGGGGAGCAGAUGAGACUCGAUAAAUUGCAGGUCCUGGAAGGGGCGGACUUGAGACAGUUAGAGUCGUAUCUCAAGGUGAACGACGAGGGUCGUAUCCUCGGCAACCUUUAUCGGACCGUAACACCGGAGGGAAACGUUAAGUGGGUGUGUAUUGACCAUUACCGCGAGAACUAUCGGGCAUCAGCAACAGAGCAGCUGAGGGAUAUCGUUGUUGGCAAUGGUGGAAAGUUCAUGGAGAAUAUCGGCAAGGUUUCAGUUAAUGUUGCCUCCAGUACUCAGGCCAGGCAGCUUUAUGAGGCAAUCACUAAGGCGCGUGGAAUACAGGAGCUGGAGAUCGCGCUACAAUGGGACGUGACGCUGGACGACCUUCGGACCUUUGAAGCGGCUAUCAGUAAGGCAAAUAUUGUCACGCUGACCAUGGAUGGGGCAUACUUCAAAGGCCCUGCCUUCGACAUCAUCAACCGAGGCCGUCGAUAUGAUCCGAUCCUGCAGCUCAUGUCCAAUGGGCGUAUUCAGUGUCUGCGACUCAAUCAGUUUGACCAGUUUUGCCUGCAUGUCAACACUUCAUCGAUUGCCUUGGCACCGCAGCUCCGAAUUCUUGUUAUCGAUCUAGCCAUCUCACUGUACGAAAAAAACGCUCAGGCAGCAUUCACCAAGAUCCUAGAGAGCUGCCCCUCCCUGACGGGACUGAGAGUCAACAGCUAUCACCAAUACCUCGUCUAUGAAAUCGCGGUGGGCAAAAUUGAACACUUCAGGGAUCUCAGGAGACUGACUAUAACAUGCGGUGGACAUACCUGGAAAGCAAACCUGACGCAGGGCGAGAUUCAUAAUGCAGCCAUGACGAUCAACCGCCUUGAGGAUGUCUCUACGGACGAAGUAAGACUAUUUCAGCUUGGUCAACUGCGAACGCUGAGCAUUAGACGAACCCCAACAGAAGCUGAGGCAUCUCGCCUUACCGAUAUUUUGCGCCAGAACCCCGGACUACUGGAGCUCCAUAUCGGAUGUCACGUCGAACGAUCUCUUUCACUUAUCAACUUGGUCACCGCUACGCGGCAGAGUAUGAUUUCCGAGGACCGACCGUGUGAAUUACGCCGACUCGACUUGCGAAAAGAUUCCGGGGAUUCUGAAGCGGACCUUGGAAAGAACGAUGUCGUGAACUCUACCGUAGAGUUCGUCGAUGCAUCCACCUCAACUGCACCCAGGAUUUCCACCAGUGUGAGCAUGAGCAGGACCACGAGGAAGGACGAAUUCGGCGGCUUCGAGGACUUCUUGCGCGAAUUCGCCUGGACGAUCGAGAAACUGGAGACAGACUCGACGUUUGAUGAUCGUUUGGCGACACUUCUAGAUCGCUCUACGGAAGAACUAGGCUCCAGGCUUAAAUCGCUCGUGCUGCUCCCAAGAAAUCUAUCGUCCGAAGGACUGGAUUCGGUGGACAGUGUGAUCGAGCGUUCGCAGAAUCUGGAAAUCCUUCAGAUAUUGCACCAUGGCAUGAAGUCCGAGGAGCAACAGCAAAAGGCAGAGCGAUUGAUCCGUCGCCAUGGACAUCGAUUGGACACAUUGCUGCUGAGCGGAUUUGCAGCGGAUGUGUGGAUGACACGACUCUCUGCCGCAUUCCCGACAAGACGCGACCUGCCUGUGUUGACGAGCUUUCGUGUGUUCUGCUUUGGCAAGCAAAAGCUCCCACACCAUUGCGCACAGUGGAUCGCUGCCAUGGCCUCAGGUCCAUCCCAGGGAGUUUUAUCAGUGCCGUCACCCUUGGACCCUUCUCCACAGGAUGCCUUCAUUUCAAUAUCUCAGCAGGUUGCUGAAGAGGUAUCCGAAGCAUGGACGCCGCUUAAAGAACUUAUCCUGGUGUGCCUCACUAUUCAGUCCGAGGAUUGGAAGACCAUUCUCGAAGGACUCGAUUUCUCGGCAUUGGAGGUACUCCAUGUCACCAACAGCAACUUUUCGCUCUCGGAGCUGAAGGUGCUGGUCAGGCGCAUUUCAGAAAGCCCAGAGAUCGAGGUACCACUCAGGUCUUUACGACUCGAGAAGACAAGCAUUUCUAAGUGCGAUGACGUUGAUGUGGUACGAGAACUUGUGGAAGCGCUUAAGAAAAAGGCUCCGCUCGUCAAGGUCGAGGGUCUUCCAUUGCUGAACUAAAAUAAAG